AUGAGCUGCAGCCCUUUUAUACAGAAGAAGAAUUUUGGCGCCAAAAAUCGAAUUUUCGAGCGCGCGAUUUGGCAGGGGUGUUUGAUGGGUUCAAACAAACAAGAUGAGGAACAACAACAGUCUGGAACAAGUCACAAGCUGCACUGCACCAGCACGUACCCGGUCGCCUGCAAGCGUUUGGAAAUCACAUUUUUACGGACGGUAACAGUUUGCGCCAUUUUGCAGAAUAUUAUCAAGUCGUUUCGGCUAUGUCGGGUCGGGCAGAUGUCAGUGCCUGGACAAGGAUUCUCUGGUUCUGUGCUGAAAAACAUCCGAAUGAAGGGACUACUGAUUCUGAUGAUAUGUUUCUCAUCAGUUUAUAGAGGCAGCUGUAUGCCAAAGACGUUCAGUGACGUUUUUCGUGAAUAUGAUUUUGCAAUUUGGGCGGAUGUGGUUGGUAAAACGGCUUUAGGAGGUGGUGACAAAGGUUAUUACAAAUAUGAAGUGGUAUCCAAAGAAAUCUAUAAGGGUGAGAUGAUGCGUGGAAAAUCGUAUGAUCUUUCCAUGUCAUAUCCAAAUUCGUCUUGUGCUGGACUUACAGUUGGAAAGACUUAUCUGUUAGCAGGUACUUCUGAUGACAACGAUCGAAAACAGAUUUCUCUGUGCCGUAUUCUGUGA